GUUUGUUCUGGAACAAGACCAAAUAAAACAAGACCAAAAACAAAACGCCAUCGCGCGAUACCGCGGCUAACCUCCUCCAGAUAAACGUCCCCACCAGAUCGACACAACAGGAAUUAUUAUAAUACCUCACAUUCGUUAUUUUAUUGCACAAGUCAUGCCCUCGUGCGGCCAUACUGCCUACGUCGGACAUUAUUGGCAUUGGGCAAUUUGGCCCGCAUUUGGGGCAGUUACAACGUCCCUCCAAGUUCCCCACGCAGUUUCCAGACCUGUGCAACAGAACUUCUGACGGGAGGCCCUGAACAAAGUUCGCACCGUCCCCUAUGCCAGCUAUAUCGGACAUUCUUGUACACGCAAGGGUACUCGAUUGGAAAUCAUCUCGUGAUUCUGUUCGAAAACUGCGCCACCAUCGCCAAGUCGUUCCUUGCGAUUACACGCCCACAAUCCCAACAUUCCGGGGUGUCGCAACUCUCUCAUCCAAGAGACAAUUGAGCUCCUGGCGGACACGUGAAAACGAAUUACCCCUCAUACCGAUCUUCUCACAGUUGAAACAGCAGAAGCUGCCCUUGACCCUUACAAGAGCCUUUUCUCAUUCUCCUCGAAACGAUAAACCGAAGUACUUCAGCCAUUAUCCACCUACUGGUAUAUACGCACGCAGACCAAUUCAAAGCGCGGUCGGGACUUGGACAGCUGCUAUAUUGUUAGCUGCUAUCAGUGGUUCAGUGUACUUCUUUACUGCCCGUCCGAAACACAGCGGUAAACUCGACAUCGAAUCGGGCGACCAGUUCCAGCAGUCUGAAGCACGCGACAACUCAGGUUCCACAAACUCCGCCGAUAUGGGAGAAACUAGCCAACCCGGGCAUAUAGGCAACUUGUCAGCGGAACAGGAGGAAAAGCUACAGCAAUUAUGGAUUGCAACGCUGCAGGUAUUCGGGGUUUUGGACAAGGAGCAGGCGAGGGCCCUGAGCACUGGUGUCAAUGGUACUAUUGUACCGGUGUUAUCAAGGCAGUCGGCGCCAGCAUCUGAACAGGGGAAGAAGAAGAAGCGUGGCUGGUUUGGAAAGAAGACCGAGUCGGAGGAUACACCGGCUGUCAGUGGCGACGACAAGUAUGGUCUGGCAUUAAAGUUCCAGCAUGCUCUAGAGAACGCACCACCAGAAGUUAUUAAGCGUUCUUUCUGGAGCAUGUUGAAACACGACCAUCCGGAUAUGCUUCUACUCAGGUUUCUACGUGCAAGGAAAUGGGAUGUAGAAAAGGCCCUGGUUAUGAUGAUCUCAACCUUCCACUGGCGAUCCGUGGAGAUGCAGGUUGACGAAGAUAUUCUGGUUAACGGAGAAGAGGCAAUGCUGAUAGAUUCAACGAGUGAUGACCCAGUCAAGAAGAGGCGAGCUACAGAUUUCCUGACGCAAAUUAGAGCGGGUAAAAGCUUUUUGCAUGGAGUGGACAAUUUGGACAGGCCUAUGUGCUUUAUUAGAGCACGUCUGCACCACGCAGGCGAUCAGCUGGAAGAGGGUCUGGAGAGAUAUACCAUCUAUGUGAUUGAAAUUGCCCGAUUCGUGGUUCAACCGCCUGCUGAAACUGCUUGUCUCGUUUUCGACAUGAGUGGUUUCUCAUUGGCGAAUAUGGAUUAUGCUCCAGUCAAGUUUAUGAUCAACUGUUUCGAAGCCAAUUACCCAGAAAGCUUAGGAGUUAUAUUAAUUCACAAGGCUCCAUGGGUAUUCCAAGGAAUCUGGAAGAUUAUUAAGGGCCUCCUGGACCCCGUUGUGGCCAGUAAGGUAAACUUUACGAAUAGCACUGCCGAUAUGGAAGCUUUCAUUCCGAAAUCACGAAUCCUCAAGGAGAUUGGAGGCGACGAAGACUGGGAAAUGAAAUACAUUGAACCCGUCAUUGGAGAGAACGACUUGAUGAAGGACCUGGAAACGAAGAAUAAGAUCCAGUUCGAGAGGGACGCCAUCGUUGUGGAAUUCGAGAAAGCAACAAUCGCAUGGAUCGAGAACAAAGCUAGCGAGGAAGCAAGGAAAAAGCGCGAGGACUUGAGAAUUUCCCUGGAGAACAACUACUGGAAGCUCGACCCGUAUAUCCGUGCUCGGUCAUUUUACGAUCGUGCUGGAUUGAUUCAGCCGGAGGGCAAAAUCGAAUUCUACCCAACUGCCGCGAAGGAGACCGCGGUUCCGGGGACCGCUGUUGCUGAGACCAAGGAGGUGGCAGCUGCCCCUCCAGCUGCGGCGCCCAAGGAAACAUCAUCCGACGAUAUUGAUUGAACAUAUUGCCGGAUAUAUUAGAACCAUAUUCAAGGGCACCCAUACGGGCCCUAGCGCCGAUUCAUGAAGCCGAGAUUAGUAGCAUACAAGGAAGCGCACAUAAACUAUAGCAAUACAUAGUCUGGGAUUUACUUGAG